AUGGAGAGAUCAGUAAUUAGGGUUAUAAUAAUUAGCUGCAUUGUGACGUUGGGGUGGGCGGUAGGUUCUUCCAUGGCUGCUGAAAAUGCGACAGCUUACUAUGCGAGCUACAAGGUUAUAGAGAAUCACUGGAGUCUGACAAAUGUAGGCGUUUACUGUUCCCAGUUCCCUGAAUAUGCCAAUAAUCCUUUUGAAUGGCGAAGCAAAUAUUACUGGACCGCCUUCUGUGGACCGGAGAUUCCUAAGCCACAAUCAAGAUGUGGACUCUGCUUAAAAGUGACUAACACUGCCAAUGGAAAAAGCGUGACGGUGAGAGUGCUGGAUACAUGCACCAUGCCAAGUUUGGAUUUGGACCAUCCAGCGUUUUCUGAGAUCGAGGAUUACAAAGGCGGGCAAGACGAGCAUCUUACAGUGAACUAUGAACUUGUGGAUUGUGGUGAUGAUCCUACAAUUCGUCUCUAUCAUGCCCUCUAA